UAAAACGGACGAUCAUCGAAAGCAUUUGGCGAUUACGUAAGAUAAUGAGGUAGCCAGUCACGUGAUCGUGUGACGUCAUACCGGACAGUUGUAGCAUCAAAACACACAAGGUGCCGCGCCGAAUCGCUCUCGGAAAUCUUCUUUUAUCUUCACCCAUAAUUCGACCCACAAGGUCAAAAAUGGAUUUGGAAGGUCUACCCCAUACAGAUACUGACAUAGAAGUACAACCUUUACAAUUUGAACCAAUUUCUGGCAGCAAGAACGACCAGAAUACUGACGACGAUUCCAGCACUGUCGCGGUAAAAUGUGUAAUCACAAUUACCGCAAUGUGUGACUGUGGCAACUGUAUGCCUAUGUCAUCCCGACCUGAGUCGAAAUGUUGCCACUUUUAUGCUGGGGUGAGAGAGAAACCUUUGAAUUGCAUCACUCAACAUGAAGGAUUCUCAGUAAAUUUCACCAACAUACACGUCCUACAGUUGGCUCUCCUUGAAUUUGUGAGCUUGGCUGGCCCACUAGACGAUAACGAACCAAUUCAUAAGUAUGUUCCUUCUUAACCGCUGAUAAUUACUAUAGUAAAUGUAGCUGCAUCGAUUAAAAUUGACAUAUCCUUA